AUGCACCACGAGGUGUUCCUCGCGCUCCUCGGCGUCACAGGCGAAGUCGUCGUCGAGGACCCGUCCGGCGACGGCUUCCUCAUCGACGCCAACUACUGCCCGUCGCUGCUCUCAGUCGCGGACCGCGCGAUACUGCUCCAUGUGCUACGCGUGGGCCACGCGUACAAGCACAUCUUGGCCUUUGCGGCGCCACUCGCGCCGGUGCCCGCGGUCGCGGCCAGCCACAGCCUGUAUCGCCACGCGUUGCAGCACGCAAUCGGCACGGUCCUCCGAGAGUACGAGCGCCACGUCACGGAGCUCGAGGCUGUCGUUCUCUCCAAGGCAAGCACGCGCACACUGCCGCUGGCGUUCUUGCAA